CUAGAAAGCAGAGUUUACCUCUGACUCCACCUUAAGCUAUGUUCUCCUAUAAAUACGUCGUUAGCUUAGCAUCUUCCUCGUACAGACGAGAACAGAGCAGCAAAAUUAUCUUCGUUCCUUAACUUUCCCUUGGAAAAGCUGAAACUGAAAAAUGCCUCUCAAGCUGCUGGACGCCACCAUCUCCACCUUUGACAGUGUGUUCGAGAAAUUCAGAGCAGAAGCCCCAAAGAACAAAGCCAAUCUCAUCGUCUUCUUGGCUGACAAAGACCCUUCUACCUCGCUCAGCUGGUGCCCUGAUUGUGUGAGAGCAGAACCUGUAAUCUACAAAAAGCUGGAAGCUACAGCUGAUGAUGUUGCACUUCUGAGAGCAUAUGUCGGAGAUAGACCAACAUGGAGGAAUCCGGUGCACCCAUGGAGAGUAGACUCGAGGUUUAAGCUGACUGGAGUUCCAACACUAGUCCGCUGGGAAAAUGAUGCGAUCAAGGGUCGCCUUGAAGACCAUGAAGCGCAUGUUGAAAGGAAAAUCGAUGCACUUGUUGCUGGAAAUUAAGUUUAUCGUUUCAAUAUCUAAUAUGGUUGAAUUUCCGUAUGUUUUAUGACUUGUUAGACUUGUAAAAAUAAGGUGCUCCAUGGUGGUUAUAGCCAGUUGAGAUGUUGCCUUUUACUUCUUUACUGUUUCUAAGGAUAUAUGUUGCAGCUUAUAGCAGCCGAUUGCUCUUGUUGCUUCUGUGAACUUGUCUGUGAUUAGAGUCUUGCAGGAUAUCUAUGUGCGAAGAAAAAGAAAAUCUUCCAAUUCUACAAGAAAUAAUAAUAAAUGGAUUGGGUUACGAA